AUGGUCUCCCUGGGUAGUCUCUCCCCUGGAGGGGGCAUAGCCUUGGGCAUCAUCGUGGGAAUACUAUCGACCAGCGUUCAAAGUGUUGGGCUGACCCUUCAACGAAAGUCGCAUAUUUUGGAGGAUGAGAAGGGGCCACACGACAUUCGCCGACCGCCCUACCGAAGAAGAAGAUGGCAGGUGGGAAUGGCCAUGUUUCUUGUGGCCAAUAUUUUGGGAAGCUCGGUCCAAAUUUCUACUCUCCCUCUUCCAGUCCUCUCGACCCUUCAAGCCGCCGGCUUGGUUUUCAACUCGAUAUGCGCUUCCAUCAUUCUCAGCGAACCAUUCACGCGAUGGUCUCUUUACGGCACUACGUUAGUUACGUCUGGUGCGAUAUUAAUUGCCAUCUUCGGGGCAAUUCCCUCUCCAGCUCAUGAUCUCAAUGAGCUGCUUGUGCUUUUGGCUCGAAAACCGUUUGUUAUUUGGAUGAUUCUGCAAGCCCUGUUUGUCGUGGCGAUAGCGGUCAUUAUGGAUGUUGUGAGUGUCGUCUCCAGCAUCGCCUCAAACGCACAGUUCAGGCUGGUCCGCGGCAUUGUUUACGGAGUUAUCAGCGGUAUUUUAUCCGCACACUCGCUCCUUUUCGCCAAAUCCUCUGUAGAACUAGUCAUCAAAACAGUUGGCGGGAAGAACCAAUUCAUCUAUUGGCAAGCCUGGAUGAUUGUUUUGGCACUUAUUUCCUUGGCUCUUUGUCAGCUUUACUACUUGCAUCGAGGUCUUAAGCUGGUCUCAACCUCAGUUUUAUAUCCUCUUGUUUUUUGUAUAUACAACAUCAUCGCCAUCCUCGACGGGUUGAUCUACUUUGACCAGACAGCGCUCAUCUCGACACGCAGAGCCUGCUUAAUCGCCCUCGGCACCGUUAUAUUAUUAUCUGGAGUUCUCGCCCUCUCAUGGAGGCUCAGCGAGGAGCAGCAUACCCCCGGAGUUGGACAAUCGUCGCUCGCGCCCGGCUUGGGACUUGUGGAUGAUACAGAGGGCGAAGAAGAAUCACUCUUGGGGUCCGAGUCUGCGGUGGAAGAGGAGGCCCCUGCUACAUAUCAUACGUUUGACCACAGGCAUAUUGAAACCACCCCUCUGACGCCAACGCGCAAGAGAAGCUUCCGCUGGGCAGAGCGGGCAGAGAUUUGGGGCGAACUGGAAGAUCAGGACGAGCCGAGCACUCCUACUGGGCGAUUCCGCUCGAUGACUCUCCCUGGCCGUGCUGAGUCAAGCCCUCUGCUUGCCCAGAACAGAAGAAGUGUCAGCAACAUUCAGCUUACUGGGGAAACCAGUGCGAGCACCGAGUCAACACCAAGGAGAUCGAGCCGCCGCCGGAGGAAGAGUACAGGCUUCCCCGGUCUUGUGGCGCGCAGGCACAUGAGGAAACGAACCAACUCGGUCUCAGGGUCGCUCAGCAGCAUGCUCUCUUUCAGAUGGUGGAAAGAAUGGGGCGGCGGACGACCGUCGAGCAGUUCAACCAUGACUGGCGAGGGUCCAUCAUCAGUUUCGGACUACCGAAAUGAGGGCCAGGUUGAGAGAGUUGAAAGCCCAGAACCUGACAGGAGAGGUAAUGAUUCAAUUGUAUAG